UGAAUAAUGACUGUAAUAAAUGAAUAAUGACUGUGAAGGAACGUAAACCUCUUGCGCAUGCGCAUUUCAGAUCACUUUCCGCAGCGCGUCCCCAUUCCGUACACUGGGGCGGGGCCUUCCCACGGGCUCGCGGGUGACGUCACUCCUAGCAACAGCCGGGUCCACCUUGCGCGUCCUAGAGACGGUCCUGAGAAAUCCCGGGAGACGCGGAGCGGUGAGAGAUCUAGAAUAUGUUGGAUUUCCUGCAGGAUACGGGUAGAUGUGGCUUCCAGACGCUCCCAAAGCUCACAGAGGAUGUUUACUGUCAUAGAAAAGUCGCAGAUCAUCGCGCAAUGAUCCUUCUAUAGGAGACGCAGGGAAAGUGUUACUCUUACCGAGCUGCUGACUUGUAUCACUAGGCGCAUUGUUUGGCGGAUGAGCAUAUAGUGUUACCAGAUGUUUGCGCCAUAUGGGCUUCCGUUUCGGAGUUCGUUGAGCACCAAAUGUCUCUGCAGAAGGGGGUACUGAUUCCAGGACUGGGAACAUUUACUUUAUCAAGACAGAAAUUAGAUGUCGGCAACAACAAGUUCAUCAUCAUGCAACGUCCAGUCUUCCUGCUGUCAGAGAAACUCGCUCAGGUUCAUGGAUUGAAGUUCAACAAAGUAUUCACAACAGGUGACAUUCCGAUCGUCCCUCUUGGUUUCAUCGCCCUGUCGUUCGCCUGCCCGUAUAACAGAGACACCAUCGAGGCCUGUGUCAGGGAGACCCUCAGCGCGUUCUCACGAUCCAUCUCCACUAAACAGAAUGUGGAGUUCACCUUCAAGGGCAUCGGGACCCUUCACAUCCGGGACCUGAAAGUCAAGAUGAAGUUUUAUAAGGAGUUUGUGAACAGUAUGGACGGAACGGGAACUGUGGUGAAAUCCCUCUGUAAUCGGCCGGGGACGGCGGAUUCUGUCAUGUCCUCCGGAGAAGACCAUUUACUGCGCCCUCGAUCACGCAGCGCUCUUCUAUUCCCUAGAGUUGACAUGAAAGGAGCAGACAAAUCUACAGGUAUGGAGACGAUCCCAGAAGAACAUGGCGAGAUGGGGAGUGUGGAAGAGCGUGAAAGAGAGGAGUCAGCGUCCAGCAGAAGAGAGAACGCCACAGCGAAGCGUUUGCUGAACAGACAGCACAUUGUGCCCGCCAGGGUUACCAGCAUCAGCCUGAGCCAGGACCUGGAGAGAAUCCCAAAGCCAAAAACCGCUCCGGAAAGAUCUGGAUCAUCGGCUUCAUUUAAUACCGCAAGAGCAGAUCCUGAAGUCAACCAGACCAAUGUGCUACGUAUAAGAACGUCCCUCGCGUGUCUGGACCACUGUCGAGCGGGACAGGAAUUGUGCUACCUGUGCCUACAGCGUGCCCAGAAGAACGUGCCGGUGUACUAUACAGAAGAGAGGAAGAUGAGGGACAAGGAAGAGGAGCAGGUACUACAGCAGUACCAGCACAUGAAGGACCAGGAGGCCAUACUCAAGUCUCAGUUACAAGCUCAGGCGAAUCGAGAACAAAGAGAGAAAGAUGCAGCGUACAACAAGGGUGUGGCAGAAGCCAUCAGAAACGGCCAGAACGGUAGAAGCACAGAGUUUUAUAGAUCCUACAUCUUCCAGAAAAGGCCCCUGACUCCUCCAGCUUUACUAAAACAAGAGCAGUACUACCAGUCGCUGACUAGACAAAUGGCAGAGAGAAGAAGCAAAGACGUGAAAGAGAAGCAGGACCAGGACUUACUGGCCAAGCUAGAACAGGUUCAGCUGGCAGAAGGGUUGGCUGCUCAGAGGUCCAAAUAUUUAAGAGAGAAAGCUGAACAGAUUCUAUCCUACAAAAACGCCCUGGACACCCAGGUGACAAUGAAGCCCAGUUUUGCUCUGCCACCUGCAGCGGAGGACCCAGAACCGGUUUUUGGCCGACAUGACAUGAACAAUGAGAAACUGGUGGAACAGAAGAGGCGAGCCCAGGAGGUGUCCAAGCAUCAGCUUGAAGCUGCAGCAGAACAUAAACGCCUGGCCAUACUGAAUGACCUGGUGCAGCAGAGGAAGGAAGCGGACAUGUUACGGCGUUCUAAAGAACUGUUGUUGUCAGAUAGAGCGGUGCAGUUUGAGAAGAUUCAUAGAUUACAGAAGGCGUUACAGGAGGACUGGGUGAAGAGCUCCGAAAUAAAGAGACAGAAGGAGCACAAAGAGGAACUACACCUGCAGGCUGGGAGCGAGCUCGUCCUAGACCAGUUAGAGAAGUACCGCCGCUGCUUCCAGUGUAAGAGGCGCACGUCCAACUGCGGAGAGACCAACGUGUGGUGCGAGUCCAGAUACAUCCCCGGAUCCCGGCUCAUGGUUUGACACCACAUUUCUGUCUGGAUAGAGGAUGAUUCGUUACUUGAUGUCUACAUGAUGAUUAUAGUUAAUUAUAAGACAAAAAAAAAAACCUAUCCUACCUCCGUCUCUGGUACAUACAGCUCAUUGGAUCUGCAGCGCUGGUGAUGAAAUCGCAAAAAAAAAAAGGCAUGAAAAAGAAUUGUAACCUGUAUAAAUAGAAUAAAGCUGUUUUUUUCCCUGUUCUAUUCC